AUCAGUAUUUAGGAAUAAACUGAUGGAUACGUUAAAAACUUCAUGUAAAAUCGUUAUUAUUGGAGCUGGAAUUGCAGGUUUAUCAGCUGCAAAUUAUUUAUUAAGUCACAAUGAACCAAAUUUUCUCAUUGUGGAAGCUCGUUCUCGAAUUGGAGGAAGAAUUGUUUUUACAAAGCUUGGAAGCUAUAAGGUUGAAUUGGGAGCUAACUGGAUUCAUGGUAUCUUAGGAAAUCCAGUUUUUGAACUAGCUAUGGCCAAUGAUUUAGUUGAUAUUACUAGUUCUCCUACAUCUCAUAAGAUUAUUGCAGCAACAGAAAAUGGUAAACAAAUACCAUUUUUAAUACUAGAAGAAAUUUACACGGCUUAUAUAUGCUUCUUAAGAAGAUGUGAAGAAUACUUUUUAAGUUCAUACAGUCCACCUGAACAUAUCAAGAGUGUGGGAGAACAUAUAGCAUUAGAAAUAAACAUUUAUUUAGAUUCAUUAACAAAAGAGAGUAGAAAAAUUAGACAGUUACUUUUUGAUUGCUUACUUAAAAGAGAAACUUGUAUUACUGGGUGUAAUAGUAUGAAUGACAUAGAUUUAUUACAAAUGGGUUCGUAUACUGAACUCCAAGGAGGUAAUAUUAGCUUAACCCAUGGAUACAGUUCUAUUUUGGAACCUCUUUGCAAAGCUAUACCAACAGAAAAAAUUCUUACCGAGCACGCUGUUAAAAAAAUAAGAUGGCGAUCAGAUUCAAUAAAUGAUGUAGAGAAAGAUAGCAGUUCUAUAAAAGUUGAAUGUAAUAAUGGAACCAUAAUCACUUGUGAACAAGUAAUAUGCACACUGCCUCUGGGUGUACUUAAGAAGAGUGCAUAUAGUAUAUUCGAACCAAUUUUAACGGCACAAAAAUUACAAUCCAUAGAAAAAUUGAUGUUUGGUACGGUAAAUAAAAUAAUAUUAGAAUACGAUAGGCCUUUUUUAAAUCCGAAUGUUUCUGAAGUAAUGCUAUUGUGGGACGAUGGAUGUAUAUCCAGUGAAGAACAAAGCAAUUUGAAGAAAAGUUGGUUUAGAAAGAUCUAUUCCUUUAUUAAAAUAUCUGAAACAAUAUUAUUAGGGUGGAUAUCAGGUAAAGCUGCAGUGCAUAUGGAAAGCUUAAGUGAAAAUGAAGUAUCUCAAGUUUGUACUAAUAUUUUACGUAGUUUUUUGAAUGACCCUUUUGUACCCUUUCCACGCAGAUGUAUUUAUACUAAUUGGUAUUCCGAGCCAUAUUCUUGUGGCUCAUACACAGCAAUGGCGGUUGGUGCUAGUCAAGCAGAUAUUCAAACUAUUUCUGAACCUCUUACUGUGGAUAAUGACCCGUCUAAAGUAAAAGUAGCUUUUGCUGGCGAGCACACACACUUAUCAUUUUACAGUACAGUACAUGGAGCAUAUCUUAGUGGACGAACUGCAGCUCAGAUACUUCUUCAACCGAAAGAUUGGGAAAAGAAAGAUUUACUCAGUUGUGAUACAACAAACGACCUAAGCUCUUGGAUAAAUGGAAUCCAUCUUACGUAGGACUUAAAAAGUAAUCCGACAGCACAUAAAUUAAAAUCAUAAAGAUAUGAAGUAACUUGUAAAUAUACAAACACACA